CCGGAGGGGCUUGGAAUCCUGCGAUUCUACGUCGGUGGAACAGAAGAAGCUUGCCAAAGCGUUUUGUAGCAGCAGGAGCAGAAGCAGCAAAAGCUGGAGCGAACCGAGCACAGCAGAGGUCAAGAAGCUUUUGGAGCGCGCGCCAGAACCAUUCCGCAGGCCCGUUUUGCAUGAGUAGAUUAUGUAUGAUAUCUGUGAGCAGAUGUGUACAUAGCCAUGGCUGCGACGCGAAAGUUGCAAGGUGAAAUCGAUCGGUGCCUGAAGAAAGUCACUGAGGGUGUAGAAACGUUUGAAGAUAUUUGGCAGAAAGUUCACAAUGCUACAAAUAGCAAUCAAAAAGAAAAGUAUGAAGCGGAUCUCAAGAAGGAAAUUAAAAAACUGCAGCGAUUGCGCGAUCAAAUCAAAUCAUGGAUCGCUUCCGGCGAGAUCAAGGAUAAAAGCGCUCUGCUGGAAAACCGUCGGCUCAUAGAAACCCAAAUGGAGCGGUUUAAGGUGGUCGAGCGGGAAACGAAAACGAAAGCCUACUCGAAGGAGGGCCUUGGUGCGGCCCAAAAGAUGGAUCCGGCCCAGCGGGAAAAGGAAGAAAUUAGCACCUGGCUAACGUCGUCCAUUACCUCGCUGCAGAUACAAAUCGAUCAGUUCGAGUGUGAAAUCGAGUCACUUUUGGCGGGAAAGAAAAAGAAACUCGACAAGGAUAAGCAGGACAAGAUGGACGAGCUGAAGGGUAAGCUCGAGAGGCACAAGUUCCAUGUCACGAAACUGGAGACGCUCCUACGAAUGCUCGACAACGAUGGGGUCGAGGUGGAGCAGAUAAAGAAGAUUAAGGAGGACGUGGAGUACUACAUCGAUUCCUCGCAGGAGCCCGACUUUGAGGAGAACGAGUACAUCUACGAUGAUAUCAUUGGGUUAGAUGAUGUGGAAAUCUCUGGCAUCCCGGUGUCGACCGGUACGGAUAGCAAUAACAGCAAUGAGACGGCAGGUUCGCCAAGCAGUCUAAUAUCUGGAACUAGUCCGGCGCAGUCACCGGUGCUAAACUACAGUGCCAGUACGUUACACAAUCACAGUAGCGAUCUGUCUGCCGAUAACAACAAUCUGAAUGACAAGCGUUCGAAGAGCGAGGGCACGAAGAUUACGCCGGUGAAACCGACCGCAAUCCGCGCUAGUAAGGUGGACCCGUCCGUCACCGCUGUCAGUAAUGCCGUCAACAACAACGGCAGCAGUAAUAGCACCAGUAACAGUAGUAGCACUACUAUCAGCAACAACAAUACGUCCAAGACCGGGCUGAUCAGUUCGACGCCCAGCAAAAAUCAUACGAAUGCUGCACCGGCGUUACCGAACAUGUUGGUGCUACCACAGCCACCCAACAGUAUACCCAUCAUUGGACCCGCGUUUGCUGCUGUUGCAAAACAACAUCCUAAAAAUGGUUCUAUACUCCAGCCCAGCACACCCACCACGGGCACUGGUGCGUCACCAUCGUCGGCAAGCGGGCCACUGCAAACUCAGCCCCCGAAUGCAUCGAAUGUUUUUAGUAGCCUCAGUCAGAUAAUUAAUACAUCUCAACCUAAGCUUAGUCAGCAGUUGCCACCGCAGCAGCAGCAAACGCAGAACAGCUUACCAAGUGCUGCCGCCGUUGUCGCCGCGGCAGCGAAUAGUAGCAGCAGCGUGCAGUCGUCGACCCAGUCGAACGUACCGUCGCAGCAGGCACAGCCACAGCAACAAUCCCAGCAGAUUCCUCCCGGUCAGAAUUCCAUGCUACUUCACAAUGCCCUGUCGUCGGCAUCGAGUACGGAGAGCAACAAUCAUGUAAUGAGUACAUCGUCCGCGUCUACCAUCAGUAGUAGCGGGGCGAACGUUAUUAAUAACUGUGUCUCUCCCAGCAAUUCCGCAGUCAGUAGCAGAGCGUCACCCAGUUUGAUGUCACCACCGCAACAGCAACAGCAGCAGCAGCAACAACAACAACAGCAGCAAUUGUUGAACGGUCCCACAACACUCGCGCAAGAAGUGAUAAAUAGAACGGGAGGAGUCCUCGAAACUGGUCCAAGCUCCAAUCCAAACGCGCUAAUGCAGCAACAACAGAGCCAACAGCAACAACCGAAUCCCCAGGGUGCAUCGACGGUGGCGACAGCAGCUACCACUGUCCAGCAAGCCGCAGCAGCAGCAGCUGCGGCGGCAGCGGCUGCACAUGCAGCAGUAGUUGCUGCGGUCGCUGGUGGCCAGCAGCAGCAGCAACAACAGCAGCAACAGCAACAACAACUGCAACAGCAGCAACCACAGCCAGCAGAUUCGAGACAGGCUGGGCCAGUUCCUUCGAAUCAAACGCCACAACAAACGCAACCGCUUGGUGGCCCGGGCUCGUUUAUGGUCGAUGGGAGCGGUGUACCGACUGGGGGAGCCAACGCCAACGCAACCAAUCUACUACCAACGUCGUCCGCUACUACUGCCAUUACGAAUGGACCGAACGCGAUCAUUAACACAAACUCCAGUAUUUCGAACGCCGCUAACGUGAACAGUGGCCCUGGAGGCAUGAAACCUUCGGCCGGUACGCACGAAGCCUGCAUACCGCCACUACUUGGCGUCGCACCAUUGGGCACGUCGAAGUUACAAAAGGAGCAUCAGAUGAAUUUCCAACUCAUGGAAGCCGCCUACUAUCAUCUGCCAACACCAAGCGAUUCAGAGAGGCUAAGGCCGUACUUGCAACGUCAACCUGUUCAAACUCCACCGCACUUUCCACAGCAACAACUUCCACAUUCUGAUACGGUAGAGUUUUUCCAGCGUCUAGCUCCCGAAACGCUCUUUUUCAUGUUUUACUACAUGGAGGGAACGAAGGCUCAAUAUCUAGCCGCAAAGGCGCUGAAGAAACAGAGCUGGAGAUUUCAUACGAAAUAUAUGAUGUGGUUCCAGCGCCACGAAGAACCGAAAGUGAUCAACGAAGAGUACGAGCAGGGAACCUACAUCUAUUUUGACUAUGAAAAAUGGGGCCAGCGUAAAAAGGAAGGGUUUACGUUUGAAUACAAGUACUUAGAAGACAGGGACCUGAAUUGAUCUUUACAGAUUACGGAACUCCUUUUUUAAAAAAUAUGUGGAAAACAAAAUGAAACGAAAAAAAUGGAUCAAUAAAAAACUAUAAAAAAUGUUCUGAAAACAAAAA